CUCUCACGUGCGGAACCAAACUAUGACCUUUGUCUGAUCAAUGAUCAUCGUCUCCAUCUCUCUCUUUCUCUCUCAGUUGUUCUCUGAAUCAUUACUUACUCUUUCCUUCCCUUCUCUUCAUUUCACAAAUUUUUUAAUUCUUCCUUUUUUAUUUUGUUUCUCUGUACUUUGAAGUGGGAAUGUGAUGAUCUGUUAAAAGAAGCUGUUUUCCCGAGAAAAUUUCGAAAAAUCAGGUCCAAAAAAAGCUAAAGCUAAAGUAUAGUAGUAGUAGACUCUCUCCAAGUCUCGGUUUUUGAGCUCUUUACUUGUUUUCUUCUUCUCGUUUGGCUUCUUUAUUCGCUGAGGAGACUGACUAAUACCACAACAAAUCAUUGCCGACAAAACCUCCCGGAAAAUUCGUAGAUUUUGACUGUUGUUUUCAAGAAAAAAACAAAUUUGAACUUGUUUUUUCUUUUUUAAAGCUUGGAGGUUUUUUUUUCGGAUUGUUCAAAAUGGGUUUGUGUUACUCAGUAGAUAGGACCACCGGGAAGGAACCGGGAGAAACAAGCACCACCGCUGAGACUGCGGAUGAUAGAUUAGGCUCCGGACGGUGGCGGCGGCCGAGAGACUUGAAGGACGGCGACGAAAUGGAAGGGGUUCAAGAGGUUUCAGGUCGGUUGAUCUCGAAUGGUUCAAGUGAAAUUGCAUGUCUUUAUACGCAGCAGGGAAAGAAAGGAACCAAUCAAGACGCUAUGCUCGUUUUUGAGAAGUUUUGUUCGAGAGACGAUACAGUGUUUUGUGGUGUAUUCGAUGGACACGGACCAUUUGGUCAUAUGGUUGCCAAGAAAGUCCGAGAUACAUUGCCAUUUACAAUCUCAACCCAAUUGAAAUUAGCAUCAGAGUCGGAACAAAACGGUCUAGUGAAUGAGAAGGGUCAGAUCAAAUGUACAGAGGAAGAAGAAGAAGAAGGGGAGAGAAGCGAGUGUGUUACUACAAUGGAUGAGCAGUGGUGUGAGUUGAUACCAAAUGAGAACAACAGUGAGCAUCUUCCAGAGAUGUAUCUGCCUCUUAAACACGCGUUGCUCAAGUCUUGUCAGCAGAUAGAUAAAGAGCUUAAAAUGCAUCCUACUAUUGAUUGUUUCUGCAGUGGAUCAACUUCAGUUACUUUGAUCAAGCAGGGUGAGGACUUGGUGGUCGGAAACAUUGGUGACUCGAGAGCUGUUCUUGCCACAAGAGACGAAGACAAUGCUUUGGUCGCUGUACAACUAACCGUAGACUUAAAACCUGAUCUGCCAAGUGAAUCAGCAAGAAUCCAAAAAUUUAAAGGUAGAGUGUUUGCAUUGCAAGAUGAGCCCGAAGUAGCUCGUGUCUGGUUACCAAACAGUGACUCACCUGGUUUAGCAAUGGCUCGAGCUUUUGGUGAUUUCUGUCUCAAAGACUACGGUCUUAUCUCAGUUCCUGACAUUAACUACCGUCGCCUUACACAAGGAGAUCAGUUCAUUAUUCUAGCUAGCGACGGGGUAUGGGAUGUGUUGUCAAACAAAGAAGCUGUGGACAUUGUUGCUUCAGCUCCUAGUCGAAGCACGGCAGCUAGAGCUGUAGUGGACACAGCGGUUAGAUCAUGGAGAAUCAAGUAUCCAACUUCCAAGAACGACGACUGUACUGUAGUCUGCCUCUUUCUACAAGAUGCCAUGGAAGUUGCAAGCAGCGUAGUAAAGAAUUCACAUAAAGAAGAGUCUGUAGAGCGUGUCAGUAUCAGUAACAAGGAUGAGGAAGAGGAUGAGAUUGUCCCGGUUAAAGAGGAAAGUGUCCCUAAGAGUUGUGGGACUGAGUCGAAGAUGAUGACAAUGACACUUGCUGAAUGCAUAUCAGUUGCACAAGAUGAUGAAGAGUGGUCUGCUUUGGAAGGGUUGACAAGGGUUAAUAGUUUAUUGAGCAUUCCAAGGUUCUUGUCUGGUGAGCUUAGAUCAAGUAGUUGGAGAAAAUGGUUGUGACCUUCUUUGUUGUUUUUUUAUACUUGUUUGCUUCUUUAAGUUGAAACCGACACAAACACCAUGUUCUUUGUGACAUAUCAAUGUUUUGUUUUUUUCUUCAUGUAGUUUUGUUUGUUUCCUUCCAGUUUAAUCUUUCAGACAUGUGAGAUUGUUCAUCCUACAUGUAUAAUUUCACUACAAGACAACAAGGUUUAGACUAAUAGUAUUUUAUGUUGUGUUGUAAAUGUUUGUAUUAGGAUAAACACAUGUGUAGUUAGAUAAAGAAGAUUAGAAAUAAUAUGAUAGUGG